CUUCUUCCUGCCCUGCGGAAGCCGGAGCGGCUGGGGCUCCUGGAGUUCUCUGGGAAGCUGCUGUCCCUGUAACGCCCCUACCCUCGGUCUCCCCGCGUUUUGGCCUAAUCCCCGCCAUUCGAGUUGAGGCGGGUUGCAGGAGGUGCGGGUCGCCAACCGCCAACCGCCUCGAGACCUUCUCGCGUCGCUCGGCUCCUCACUCCCCGGCCUCUCCCGUCCCCUCGCGCCCAUGGCAGCCCCCAGCGGAGCUCGGAGGUGGCAGCUGCUUCUGCUGCUGCUCGCAGGCCUCAUGCAUGGUGCAUCUUCAGUGUUUGUAGUGAAAAAUGGCAACGGGACAGCUUGCAUAAUGGCUGACUUCUCAGCUGCCUUCUUGAUGACUUAUGAUACUAAAAGUGGCUCUAAGAAUGCGACCUUUGUCCUGCCAUCUAAAGCAGAAGUACUAAAUAGCAGCACUUGUGGUAAAGAGAAUACUUCUGACCCCAGUCUAAUGAUUGCUUUUGGGAGCGGACAUACAUUGACCUUAAACUUCUCAAGGAAUGCAACACAUUACAGUGUCCAGCUGCUAAGUUUUGUAUAUAACUUGUCAGACACAGAUAUUUUCCCCAAUGCAAGCUCCAAAGAAAUCAAGACUGUGGAGUCCAUUACUGACAUCAAGGCAGACAUAGAUAAAAAAUAUAGAUGUGUUAACAGCAACCAGAUACACAUGAAUAAUGUAAUAAUUACACUCCAUGAUACGACUAUCCAGGCAUACCUUUCAAGUAAUAACUUCAGCAAAGAAGAGACACGCUGUAAGCAAGAUGUAACUUCCCCAACAACAGCACCUCCAGGUCCAAAGCCUACAACUCCUUCACCUUCUCCAGUGCCAGGAAGUCCAUCUGUGUAUAGGUACAAUGUGAGUGGCACAAAUGGAACCUGUCUGCUUGCCAGCAUGGGGUUACAGCUGAACAUCACCUAUGAGAAAAAUGAUGGCAAGACUGUGACGAGAGUAUUCAAUAUCAACCCAAAUAAGACCGCAGUUAGUGGGAACUGUAGCUCUCAUUUAGUGACUCUGGAGCUCCGAAGUGAAAAUGUCAUUCUUGUCUUCAGUUUUGGAAUGAAUGCAAGUUCUAACCGGUUUUUCCUCCAAGGAAUCCAGUUAAAUACAACUCUUCCUGACGCCAGAGACCCCACUUUUAAAGCUUCCAAUGACUCACUGAGAGCACUUCAAGCCACUAUUGGAAAUUCUUACAAGUGUAAUGCUGAGGAAAAUGUUCAAGUUACAAAGACAUUUUCAGUCAACAUAUUCAAAGUGUGGGUCCAGGCUUUCAAGCUUGAAGGUGACAAGUUUGGAUCUGUGGAAGAAUGUCAGCUGGAUGAAAACAACAUGCUGAUUCCCAUUGCUGUCGGUGGAGCCCUUGCAGGACUGGUCCUGAUUGUCCUGAUUGCCUAUCUCAUCGGCAGGAAGAGAAGCCAUGCUGGCUACCAGACGAUCUAGCGUCCCCACUUGCUCAUCGCCACCACCACUGUAGAUCAGCAGCAGUUGCAAGGGGUCUAUAUUCAUUUUCCCUGAGCUUAAAUUGGUAUUGAAAGGGAGGCAUACGUUCUUGCAAACUGUUUUUCAAGUCUGCUUUAUCAAAUGUGAAGUUCAUCUUGCAACAUUUACUAUGCACAAAAAAGUAACUAUUGAAAUGAUGGUGUUAAUUUUGCUAACUUGGUUAAAUGUUUUGCUAACUGGUUAAAUAUUAAUAUUUACCAAAGUAGAACUCUAAGGUAAGGGUAAGAGUACAUUUCUAAAUUGGCACUGGCUCCACUAUCAUUUGACUUCUUAAGAUUCUGGUAUUUGGUUUCUUCAUUCUUUACUGUAUUCAGAUUUAAGCCUUACAAAGGGAAAAUGCUUGGUCUUAAUACUUAAAAUUGAUGAAAGCUAGGUAAUUGUUACGUAGAAGAAGAAAAACGUAAAAGUACUCCAAAAGAUGAAACUAUGAAAUGCUUAAAUUAAGCUUUGAAAACCAGGACAGGCUGGACCGUACACGGUGUGCAGCAUUCAUCAUUCAAGCAUUACAGACUUAAUUGGGCAUAUCUUUGGUAUUUUUGAUGCUCUGCCACUUAAGAACUGGCACUUUUUAAAAUAUAAAAAUGGGUGUUAUUUUUAUUUACUUUUUUGUAAAGUGAUUUUCAGUCUUCUGUUUGAAGUUCAGGGUGCUCCUAUUUCUGCACUUGUGUACAAUAUAGAUUUCACUCUACUGAUUUAUCCGCUUACAGCUUGGUUGGGGUUGUACACUUCAAGGAUCAGUUCAUAUGUAAUGCAUUGCCUGUAACAAUGCUAAUAAAAAUUCUCUUUCUUUA